CAACCCUGUCCUUUCCUCCUCGUGUAUAAUCAAUCAUUGUUAUUAGUAUGUUGUUAUAAUGGGUGUGAAUUUCCAGACUAACCAUGCAGUGUGGGAGACUUGUUUCCCACUCCUAAGUUGGGAAACAGUACACAUAGAGUAGAGCAAUAAGGAAAAAAAGAAAACCAUGCUGCAGGUUCUCACUCGAGCAGCAUGACUGGAGAAAUUUGAGUUUUUCUAAUUUGUAUCACUAGACCAGAAGAGUCAUACGAAAAUCCUACCAAUUGGAGCAGCGUGCGUGACUUAGUAAUUUCGCCGAACAUCCUUCCUGCAGUAGUCUAUGAUAUGAACCUUGAGUUGUUGUGGAAUUUAUAAUAUAAUUCUUCAAAAUCAAACGCUUCCACUUCAUAUAUUAUCGCCUCACCGUGGCCGCAAUUCACCGGAACCUCUUCUUCAUCCUCCACCGUCCUCUCCUCCUCGGUAAGCUAAGCUAAGCAAAGCUAAGCUAGUUGCCAUGUCGAAGGAUAAAGACGCUACCAAUCUUUCACGCACCUUCAAGUACCUAUUAGCUACUCAGUUCUUAUCAAGAGGAAUUCCAUUCAUAUUCAAUACAUGGAUUGUAAGGCAUCUUACACAAGAGGACUAUGCGCUGUAUGCAGUGCAGUUUCAUCUGUUAGUCACAUGUAUUUUAUUUCUUAGCCGGGAGGGCUUUCGACGAGCAUGCUUGCGGAUGGACCUCAAAUGUGAUGGCACUUCAAUGGGAGAUGUUGUGAAGCUAAUGAAAGUAGUGUGGAUGAGUUUUCCACUUGGAAUAUUUAUUACAGUUGUAGUAUGCCUUUUUGUCUUCUGGUGGCAACAAAUAAGUUAUUCUAGUCCACAUGGGCAAGCUAUCUUGAUCAAUGGUUUUGCAUGCAUUUUGGAGCUCCUGGCUGAGCCGGUGUAUAUUCUUUCACAGAACUUGGUCUUGCUUGAAUUACGGCUGAUGGUUGAGACUGUUGCUACUCUGUCGUGGUGCUUGACAAUGUAUUUUCUAAUUGUGAAGCAAACUGGAAUUGAAAAAUCAAUCAUAUUUGCAUUGUCACAGUCUGCAUAUGGAGCUUGCUUAUUUCUUGGUUAUUGGGGCUAUCUUUUGCUUUCCCAAAAAUUUAGGGUUUCUUACCUUUUUCCAUUCAGAGAAGGAAAAGUGAUUGAUUUUGACCGGCAGUUGUCCAAGAUGUGUAUGCUGUUUACCUUUCAAUCCUUUCGAAAAUUGAUCCUUCAGGAAGGAGAAAAGAUAGUACUUGUAUGGUUGGAUACACCAUAUAAUCAAGCAGUAUAUGGCCUUGUGGACAAGUUUGGUAGCUUAGUGGUGAGACUUGUCUUUUUACCUUUUGAAGAAAGUUCAUAUGCAACAUUUGCCAGGUCCGCUUCAGGACAAUAUCCAGGAAAAAGCAAGAAAUUGGGAAACGGCGUGACAGAAUCUCUGAAGUUAGUUUUGUUGAUUGGCCUUGUUUUUAUGGCAUUUGGUCCAAGUUAUUCUUAUUCACUCAUUAGAUUGCUUUAUGGUGAAAAAUGGAGUGAUGGAGAAGCAUCAACUGCCCUCCGCUGUUAUUGCUUUUAUGUCAUUGUUUUGGCCAUGAAUGGAACCUCUGAAGCCUUUAUGCAUGCAGUUGCAACAGAGAGCCAACUCAAGCGUUCAAAUGAUUCACUACUUGUUUUCUCUUUGAUCUAUAUAGUUUUGAAUGUUCUGCUAAUAAGGUCAGCUGGGGCAGUUGGCUUGAUUAUGGCAAAUUCUCUCAAUAUGACCUUGAGGAUUUUAUACUCUGCCAUAUUCAUAAAGAAUUACUUCCAGGGAUCUUCCUCGUUUUCUUUCUAUGGUUGCUUGCCGUCAGGAUGGAUUGCUCUGUUACUUUCAGGCGUAAUCACUCUCAUUUCUGAGAAUGUACUUUUGGACCGAGAUAAUUUCUAGCCAUCAUUUAUCCUCCAUCUCUCUGUUGGGCUGGUUUGCUUCUGUGUGUCAUCAUAUGUGAUCUAUUGCCGGGAAAAACCUUUCAUCAGAAGAAUUAUUCGCUUUAAUGAUCAUGUGGACUGAAGAUUUCUGCAAUAUAACUUUGAGUUAGUAGAAGAUGAUGGAUUGCCAGUUAGUUUUCUAUAGGCUAUAUCCUAAGCAGCAGAAUAGUGGCAGACAUAACCUCACCACUACCGGUACAAAUUUUGGUAUAUGUAUAAUACAGUAUUUACAUUAGCCAUGUUUUUCUAUAAACUAUUGACAUAAUGAAUUCAAAAUGACAAUGAGUUCUUUGUGGUUUCUGCGGUGUCUAUUUAUCUAAAUUCUUGGCGAUAUUA